GCUCAAUGUAACGUUGUCACAACUACGAGGGACAGAAGCUGAAAAAGUCAUUCGUUUAAAGGAGCAUGUCGAGGAAGAGCAUAGCACAUCGAGAAGCAUGCAUCUCAAUCUUCUUAUGUGCCUAACGUGCCAUGUCAUGUUGUGCCACAACAUUUGAGAGAGCCUAUAAGUUAGAAGACUUUGGAUGUCUUACAUAAGAAUGAUUAAUAUUUCUCUUAACAUAUCAUUCGAAGACGCUUGUGAUAACUACCAUUUGGGCCAGUAAUUCAAUAACACCAGAUAAACCAUGAGGGAGAUUACUGUUUGUUAAGGCUAGGAAUGCAUGUUCAUCGAUGAGAAAAUUACCCAAGAUAGACGACCAUGGGAAGUUUGUUGUUCCAUGUUUGAUAUCAGGGGUUGAGUACAUUGCUUCUCUCAUGAUAAUGGGUCCACGAUUAGUCUCAUAUCUAAGUACAUUGAUGAGAUAUUGGGUCUUGUUACAUGAGUUCAUAAGCUGACUAUGCAGUUUGUAGACUUUUCCACCAAGUCUUUAUUAAUUUUCUUGAUGUGAAAGUUGUAAAUUGUGUUGAUCUAAUUGAUUUUUAGGUGGUGGAUAUGGGCAAUGGUUUUAAUACACCUUUGAUUUUGGGGAGGGCGUUUCUGGCCACAGUAGUUGUAGUAUUUGAUUUGCCUAAGAACAAGAUAUUGUUUGCAAACAACGAUGAAAAUGUCUACUACGAAGUUGGGCCUAUAGACAAAAAAAAACUAUGCAUCUAUCUCUUGUGUUAGUGUGAUUAAUAGAUAUAUACAUGAAUAUCUUUCUCAGGGAAGUUUAAGUGAUAACAUAACUCGUGUUAGUGUUUUCUUUUCUUUUCCACAUUUUUUAAUGAAUCAAAUUCUGGCUGCACACAAUCGAUCCUCUUGCUUCUUCAAUGAACUUAAAAUUCCUUUUUGUGGGAUUAAUUUCUUUGCUACCCCUUAUUACCUUGAGAUGAUUUCCUAUAGAGGAUUCAAUGAAGCUUUCCUUCAGUGGUCGGCUAGAAAGUUUUUGGGAUUCUCCAAAGGUGGAAAUAUAUUGUCUAUGAUUUCACUGAAGACACUGAUUUUUGUAUAAGGAGCUUGCAGUUGUGUUUCGAUGUGGCCCGAUGGCUGUGAUGAUGUAGAUUGUGGAUCCAUUAGUCCACCGCCUAUACACGUGUGUAUCGUGUAGAAACAUAUGACUUUUUUGGUAAAUUUUAAUCAAAGAUGUAAAUGAUGGAAUUGUCCCUGUACCAUCACUUAUAAUCCCUGUUUUGUAAGUUUCCUAUUAAUGAAAGAGCUAAGAAUGCAUUAAUUUUCGAGUAGAUAGACUAUACCUUUGACUUCCCUUAGGGAAAACCAUUGUCUUGUCGUUUUUCCAAAGGCAUAUCCAUCUAAUUAUGAGGCGAGUAUGGUCCAUGACCUUUCUUUAACAAUAUUAUAAUAUAUUUAGAAACGUAAUUGAUCAUUUAUUGAUAUUGAAUAACUUUUGGUAUUUCUAAAAGAUACAUCUUUGACCAACAUUGUUUCGUAACUUGUUAAAAUUAUUAGUCAAAACUCGUAUCCGAAUAUAUUUUGAUGUACUAUUUCAAUAUUGUUUUACCUAUAAAUACUGAUACAUAUCAAAUUUAUGGAAAUAUAAAAAAAAAUUGGCUCAGAAAACAAAAUUGUUCGAACAAAAAUAAGUGAGAAAUUGCUGAUGGCGAGUGAUCAAAUCAUGCAUGUGCAACUUGAAUCUUUGGCUACUGAUGGAACCAAUAACUAUUUGUAUGAUCAAUUAUGGAAGUUAUGUGCUGGUCCUCUGUUUCAUCUUCCAAAAGUUGGAGAAAAGCUAGUUACAUCUAUGAACGACGAACUUUGUCAACUAAAACCGAUUUUUGAUAUUCCUUCAAAAAUUUGCUGCAAUGUUUUUAGUAUCAAGCUCAAGGUAGAGACAACAACAGAUGAAAUUUAUGCAGAAAUUUCUUUGUUGCCUGAUACAUCCGAAGUUGAAAUCCCAACUCCUAGACAUGAAAACAACGUACAAAACAUUAACUAUUUUACUAAGGUGUUAAGUGCUUCUGACACCAAUAAAAAGGGUAGUUUUGUUUUGAAUAAAAGACAUGCCAUUGAAUGUCUUCCUCUGCUGGAUACAUUUCAGCUAACACCAAGUCAAGAGGUAAUUGCUAAAGAUAUUCACGGUCAUGAAUGGAACUUUAAACACACUUUAAGAGGUAUGCCACAAAGACAUCUUUUCACAUCUGGUUGGAAUGAGUUUGCAAAAGGAAAAGAUUUGGUUGUUGGAGACUGUUUUGUAUUUCUCCGAGGAGAGAAUGGGGAAUCGCGAGUUGGAAUCAGAAAAUCAGCUCAUCAUCAACAACACAACAUACCAUCACCAGUAAUUUCAAAGCAGAGUAUGCACCAUGGUGUAGUUGCUACUGCAUUGAAUGCUAUCGAAAGAAAAUGUAUGUUUGUUGUGUUCUAUAAGCCAAGGUCGAGCCAGUUCCUUGUCAACUUCGAAAAAUUUAUAGAUGGAGUGAAUAGGAAACUUAGUGUAGGCUCCAGAUUUUUGAUGAAAUUCGAAGGAAGAGAUUUUAGUGAAAUAAGAUACUAUGGAACAAUAGUAGGAGUGAAAGAUUUCUCCACUCAUUGGAAAGAUUCAGAAUGGCGAAGUCUAGAGGUACAAUGGGAUGAAGCUGCAACAAUUCCAAGACCUGAUAAGGUAUCUCCAUGGGAGAUCGAGCCUUUAACACAUUCAUCCAACAUUCCCAAAUCAGUUUUUCUAAAAAACAAACGUCAAAGUGAAAUAAAUGAUUUUGGUAACAUGUCCAAACCCAACUACAAUGAGCAAAUGGUUAAAGCAAUGAAAGAAACGUCAACGACGACCGAGGCUGCUAGCUACAGACUGUUUGGAGUUGAUCUAACAUUUCCUGCAAAAACAAAAGAUCUCGUACAACCAACUCACUCGUAUAAAAAAUCUAAGAUUUCUAAAAUCUUUGAAGAAGAAAAGGUUGACCAGAUCCAAACUAAAACUCAUACUAAGGUUUGUAUGGAAGGUGCCGCAGAAAGAACUAUGGAUUUAACUAUUUUUGAUGGAUACAAUCAGUUGAUCGAUGAACUAGAAAGACUCUUUGAUAUCAAAGACAUGUUGCAUAUGCACAAUCAAUGGAAAAUAGUUUUUAUAAACGCUGAUGGAGAUAUGAUGCUUCUUGGCGAUGAUCCGUGGCCAAAAUUUUGCAAUACGGCGAAGGAAAUAUUCAUAUAUUCAGAAAAUGACGCCAAAAGAGGGAAUGCAGAUAACAAAUUCGCUGAAGGUGACCCAAGGUUGACAACAACAAUCUUACCACCAGAUGUCAACAAUAAUUAAAGAGGGUUUUGGUUUAAAAAUGUAAAACUUGCUUAUUUUAUAAUGUAUUAAAGAUUAUACUUGGAAAUGUGUGUGACUUAUAACUUAAAAGUAUAUUAUGGAGUUUUUGGGCAUUUAAUGAUUGGUAUUUUGUCUAUUGAUUGAAGUUUUAAAUGAAACAAAUAUCUUUCAUUUUUUUUUCAUUUCAAAUAUUUUGCUGGUAUGUUUAUUAUUGUGGGUAGGGGAGUAAACCAACCCAAAACCAAAUCAUAUCCAAAUGUUUUUUAAGCUUAUAAGGGUAAUGGAUUAAACCAAUCCAUUUGACAAAUGGAUUGGUUUAAUCCAUAACUCAUUUAAGUUAAUGAGUUACUCGUUUUAAUGGUUAACCCAUGAACAAUAAUUUUAUAGUUUAAAUGGUUAUUGAGUAAAAAAAAAUAUUUUUUGCGGCUGGAAUUAAAAAUAUUCAUUAGAAUUUAGAUAAAAAAUAUUGCAGUUUUGGGAAAAAAAAACUAUUUUGCAGUUUUGACAGGAAAUGUUUUUUUUUUUACAGUUUUAGCAAGGAAACAUGAUUUUGUAGUUUUGCGGAAAUAUGAUUUUGCAGUUUUGGUGGGAAAACAUGAUUUUACUUUUUUGGCAGAAAACUUUAUUUUACCGUUUAGCAGGAUAACAUGAUUUUGCAGUUUUAACGGGAAAACAUGAAUUUUGCAAUUUUGACAGAAAAUAUGAUUUUGCGGUUUUUGCAGGAAAAGAAAGUUGUGUGAUUUUAACGGGAAAAACAAGAUUAUUGCGGUUUUAGAGGGAAAACAUGAUUUAGGAUUUUAGUGGAAAUAGGAUUUUGCAGUUUCGGCAGCAGAAAACGAUUUUGUGGUUUUAACGGAAAAUACUAUUUUUUUUUAUUUUGGCGGGAAAACACGAUUUUAUGAUAUUGGCGAAAAAACAUGAUUUUGUAUUUUGGCGGAAAAACACAAUUUGCACUUUUAUUGGAAAAACUCAAUUUUGCGGUUUUCGGUAGGAAACAUGAUUUUGCGUUUUAGUGGGAAAUAUGAUUUUCCGGUUAAGGUAGGAAAACUCAAUUUACGGUUUGGUUGGAAAACUUAAAUUUUACCAUUUUGGCGGGGAAAAAAUGACUUUAAGGUUUUGGCGAAAAAACAUAAUUCUACGAUUUUGGCGGAAAACACGAUUUUACCAUUUUUGGAGAAAAAACGAUUUGUGGGUUUGGUGGGAAAACACGAUUUUUCUGUUUCAGCGAGAAAAUGAGAUUUAACGAUUUUUAUUGGAAAACAAACCAAUUUACAUUUUUUGUGGAAAAAGCUUGAUUUUAGAGUUUAUGCGAGAAAUAUGAUUAACUUUGGCUUAUUAAAACAACCAUACUAUAUAUAUAAAACUGAGUGUUAACAAAAAAAUAUAUAUGAGAAAUUGGGUUAGAUUUAGUUUAUUAACAUAUAGUUAUAUAUAUGAGUAAAUAAAUAAAACUUGGUAUAGUAAAAUUGGUUUGGAAAUUUGGUUUGGUUAUUUUUUUGUUUAUAUAUUUGAUUUGAGUUUGUGUUUGUUAUAAAUUUUUAUUGGUUUGGUUAUGGAUAACCCAUCUAUACUAUUAAAAAUGAAUCAUUCCCAAAAAUCUACUUAAAAAAAGUUAGUUGCACUUUUUCAUUAAUAUCCUACCUCUAUUUUCUCUAACUGUAUAGCAUUAUUGUUAAUUGCUAUAUUGAUAUGUGAUACAUUGAAUACAACGAAUAAUUUGUUACCUUGAUAGAAUUUCUUUUUUGUUUAAAAAAAUCGACAACAAUAUAUUGAUUUUGAUAUGAACAUUUUAAUCCUUGAUAAAGCUUCACUUUCAAUAUUGACGAUGACCUGUCACCCAUGUUUAUUUGUAUGUUAUUAUUAUUAAUAUAUGCCAACUACAUGUCAACAAAAUCUAAACUUUUGAACCUAAAAAGGUAGCAUUUAAUUUAAUGUGAUUUGAAACUGUCAGACAUAUAUAUCAAAAUAUUUACAAAAACAAAUUUGAUAAAAUAAAUUAACAAAUAAUCUGUUAAAAUAAAAUUAUAUAUAUUACGUUUAAAUAUUGUUUUAUAAAUAUAUUGAUAUUAAAAAUUUAUUAUUUAAGAUAGUUUAAAAAAUAUUAGAACUCCUACAAAUUUAUACUAUUAAGUUGACUAAAAAUCUGCUAAAAUACUAAUCCUCACCAAUUCAACAAAUGUUAACUUUUAUAAAAUGCACACAAAAUAUACUGAGAGAGAGUAUGCUUGAGCAUUUGGAUCUUUGGGUUAGGUACAAAUUGUUUUUUUUUGUCUAGAUCGGUUUGGAUCUAUAAUUUAAAUACGUGUAAAAUACCUGUAAUUUUUUGGUAUGUCUCGGGCUGGAACGGUUUCAAUAUUUAGACCCUGAAAAAAACCAAAGUACCAGAAAACCUAAAAACACCCAAACCACACCCAAAACCUCCCAAAAAUAGUCAAAAAUAUUCAAAAGGCAGAAAAAUAAUUUUACCUGAAAUCUGACCCGAUGAACCAAAGUACCAAAAACAUAUCUAAAUAUCUGAAAUAUAUUUUAUAAUUUUAAAAUUUUACCUAAAACUCGAAACUAUAAUCGAAAACCUAAACCUGAAAGUUAAAAGAAUACAUAUAAUAUCAAAAAUAUAUCUGAAAUACCCAACUAUACUUAAUAUAAACAAAAUAUUUUGCAUACUUUGGGUAUCUGAUCGGGUCUCAGUAGGAUCCAGACCCAAACCGAGACCCGCAUGUCAAAAAAAACAUACAAUAGGUGCUUUGCGAUGUAUUCGGACCCGAACCAAACAUAUAUUUUUGAGUUGGUUUCGGUUGAGUUUUUUGAAUCCUCAAAUUCCCAAACUUAAGAGAGAUCUACAUUAGAAUGUACAUACAAAAUCUCAAAUAAACUACUUCUAAAUUAUAUAAUUUUAAACAAAUUUUAUGUUUUGAUAUAAUACAUACUUUGUAACAUAAUAAUGUACAAUCCCAAAUACUAAUUCAUAUUAAAUUAUAUUUAUAAUCCAAGAAAAAACCGCGCUUCGGAAGCGCGGAUCAAAAUCUAGUUAUCCAUUACAAUCCAAAACAUUUUUACCUAAUCCACUAAGUCCAUUAACUCAUUUUAUCCAUUGAUCUGUUGGUAACCAAUUUUUCUAUCCAUUGAGAUCUAUGGUUUGGACUGGUUUGAUUAAUCCAUUAAUUUUAUCCAUUUUGACACUCCUGAUUGUGGGUGUAUGUCAUAUGUGUGUUUUCACAGUUCAUAAAAAAAAUAUUUUGUUCUCAUAUGAUAUUAUAUUUAUUCUUAGUUCAUAAAUUAUAAUAUCACCUUCAUCUAUAGUUAUAUAGUAUAAUGAUUACGCUUACUAUUUCUGUGAAUGCAUUCUUGUAAAAAAUUAAAUAACACUUAAUUAAUAUUGAAUUAUUCAAUAAUUGAAAACUAUACUUUACAUUGUCUAGAAAACUAUACUCUACAUUGUCUAUAGGUAAACACUGUUGCUAUUGUACAAGUAUAACUAAAAGUACAAUGUUUUUUUUUCAUCAACAGAACAGAUUCAUAUAGACUCUGCAAAGCAAACCGGUAGCUCCGCAUCUAUAUAAACGACAAAUAACAGUUGCUUCCCUGCACUACAUACGAGACUAUAUGCCCUUAUGUUAUGCGUCCAUGAAAUAUGAAUGAUCCCGAUCUGUGAAAACUUCCCUUCGAGGUAUUUAUUUCUUCCAAAUAAAUUUCAAAGACUGGCCAUUCUUGUAGUUCCGAAACCAUUUUCACCAACUGCGAAAAAUUUGUUCCAAAUAUAACAUUAAACAGCUUUAAAUUUCUUCCAUUUCAUUGCCCAAAUGAGAGCCUCUAUUUCCGAGUGGAGUGGUGGCUUGAUUAGCCCUUGUAUUCCUUACUCCCAUUAAACUACCAAAUCCUUUGAUGUGAUCUUGGACUGAUUUAUGAAGUUAUGGACAUGGAAGACAUUCAGAAAUCAACUCAUGAUGUUAGCUAACAUGUCCGGUCCAUUUUUAUGAAGUUACAAGCCCAAGAAAAUUAAAAAACAAGUGUUUUUUAGCUGUCCAAUAAAAGUGACGAAAAUCAAAAACUAAAUUGCAUGGAAAGCUUCUAUCUCCUGUAUGCAAUGAAUGCUUGUUCCAAAAAAACAUUUUCUCUCCUGCAUGCACCAUUUUGUGAUUUCCUAUGUAUUAAUUAUCUAGCUUUCUCAACAAGUUUAGUUUCCUAUAAAUAUGUUGUAAUCUCUAUUAAAAUAAAAGAAGCCUUCGAACGAUUAUUUUUGGAACCUUGAGAGUGAUUCUAAUUUUCUUUCAAUGGUGUGUAAUAUCUAUUGAUAUUUUCGAUCAAUCUUGGUGCGACAUAUCCAUGGGAUCAAACCGAUCCGUUCUUGUGCGUCAUAUCCUGGGGGUCAGCCUCAUUGUCGUCCAGGUGUGUCAUAUCCCAGGGCAUUGAGUUGGAAUAUCGGAGGCCUUCACAUCCUUCGUGUGACCAUUUAUUACACAUCCCUUGUCUUUGAAGAUUUACGGUUUCAUAGCAGCAAGGCUUAUUCCCUUUACCAACUUAGAUUGCCAACUCCUCGAGAGGUUUUCAUCAUCCUUCCAAUGCACUAUACCACACUUUUCCCGAGUAAGUUUCCUGGGUUUUCCAUGAUCCUUCCGUAAAAUACCAUCGACCUGGUAUAAACGGUAUUGUCGUUUCCACUUGCAACCUAAUUUGAUCAGCUCGCUGUGGAAUUGUCGCAUGUGCCUCAGCCCAAAUUAUAGAUUAUGUAUCUGCCAACUUGAGAGUAAAUAUGGAAUCAACAUCUAAAUUGCUGAAAUUUUUGUUGUUUCUUUCUUUCCAUAUGCACCAUAGGAUCCAUGCAUAUUGAUGAUUUUCCAAUUGUGUGGAAAUCCUUAAAAAUAAAUGAUCCAUAUUUGCAAAGAGUGACUGAGUGGGGAAGAUAUAUGGGUUCUAUGAGAUUCGUGAGAGAUCCCAAACCUGAACCGCCGGUGGACAUCCAAAAAAUACAUGAUUUAUGGAUUCCUCAGGUGCUCCACAAUGUGCGCAAGUUGUAUCCCUUGUAUUCCUCUCGCCUGCAAUUUUUUCUUCACUGCUAUAUAUCCUGAUACCAAUUGCCAUAAAAAGUGUUUCAUCUUAGGUGGGCACCUCACUUUCCAGCAAAAAUCCUUUAGUGGGGAAAAUGAAGGGCGAUACUCUAGUAACAUUCUUUCUCCAUCCAGGUACACUCGUUCUACUUGAUAUCCAGAUUUAACCGUGUAUCUUCCAUUAUUGGUAAAAUUCCAUCCAUCACGAUCCGCUAUUUGACUUUGACUUAAUGGUAAACUUUUAAUAAUCUUCACAUCGUGAGGAUCUAUCCACAUCUUAAUUGCCUGUAGAUUCCAAGUUCUCGAAUUUGCAUUGAUGAGAGAAUCCAAUGUAAGGUCCAUGUAAAAUUGUGUUGAUUUAUGUUUGCUGGUCUUGGGCGGGUGGAUGGGAGCCAAGGAUCUUUCCAUACUGAUAUUGAUGAUCUGAUCCCACUCUUUGAUUAGUCAUUUGCUAACCAGAGAACUAGCAGAGACAAUAUUGCAUCGGCCAUAUGAUGCGGAGUACGAUCUAAUUGGUUUUAGGGGUAAGGCAUUCCUGAAAUAUCGUCCUUUGAAAACCCUUGAGAAUAACAUAUUCGAUUUCUCAAUCAUCCUCCAAAAUUGCUUUCCAAUCAUAGAAAUAUUGAAGUCUGUGAGGUCUUUAAAACCUAGACCUCCUUCAUCCUUGGGACUGCAAAGUUUAUCUCAUGAUUUCCAAUGCAUACCUCUAGUGCUGCCUCCCGGACUCCACCAAAAUUGAGCACUGCACUCGUUAACUUCUUUGUUACCAUUUUUUGUAUACGAAAGCAAGACAUUACAUGGUUCGGUAAGGCCGUGACUACGGACUUUAUGAUUACUUCCUUGUCCCCCUUCGUGAAAAAUUUGAAAGUCCAUCCAUUUACUCUGUUAUUUCACCGUUCUUGAAUAAAACCAAAAACUUGUGUGUUUUGAACCUCCCAAAUUCUCAGGGAUGCCUAGAUAUGAUCCUAUCCCUACUAAAUUUUGUAUCCCUAAUACACCCCGAAGUUCAUGUUUGGUGGAUUCCUCGAUCUUAUGACCGAAUUGAAUCGAAGAUUUUUUAAAAUUUAUCUGUUGACCCAAUACCCCCUCAUAUUCCUUUAGAAUACUAAGAAUUGCCUGGCAUUCCUCUUCAUUGAUAAAGGUCAAAUGAGAAAUUGAAGGACAAGCCCUUGCAACCUUCAUACCUGUGAGUUGUCUCUCUUUCUCAGCCUUUUUGAUGUUCGCUAUCAAGGCUUUCGUGUAAAUAAUAAACAAAUAAGAGGACAAUGGAUCCCCCUGACACAAACCACAGUGUGGCGUUUUGUGUCCCUUUGACUGACCAUUCAAUAAUACCAUGUAUUGAAUCGAGGAAAUACAUUCUAUCAUUAGUUGGAUCCAAAGAUGGUCAAAACCCAUUUUGUGGAGUAAUGCCUUGAUAAAAAGGCCAUUCCACCAUAUCAUACGCUUUACUCAUAUCCUUCUUUAUGGCCAUAAACUUGUUUUGGCAUGACUUAUUCGUCCUUACCCCAUGAAACAUCUCUUGGGCUAUAAGAAUAUUGUAAGAGAUCAAUCUUCCAGCCACAAAAGCCAAUUUUGUUAUCGAUAUAAGUAAAGUAAGGAAGACCUUCAACCUCUAACAUAAUACUUUUGAGAUAAUCUUAUAUCCUACAUUACACAUACUUAAGGGUUUGAGCUCUGUCAUCCUUUUUGGCCUCUACGUUUUAGGAAUCAAGCAAAUAUUUGUAAUGUUUAACCUCGUGUCUAGCUUUCUGGAAAUUAAAAAUGUAUUAACCAUAUCCAAUAGGUUCUUUUUUUAUUAUAUGCCAAGAAUGUUGGAAAAAAAGUGCUAUCAUUCCAUCCAGUCCAUGCUCUUUCUCUGGAUGCAUCAUAAACAAGGUUUGUCGAACUCCCAUCCUCCGUUGCAAUCCUUAGUAACUCUGAUUCAUUUGGGGAGUGAUGCUAGGCGACAUCUCUUCCAGAAAAAUUUUGAAUUCUGAAGGAGAAUUUGUCCUAAACAAAUCCUCAAAAUAAUCCACUACAACCUUUUCUACACCAUUUUCCUCUAUUAUCUAGUUUCCAUCAGCAUCAUAGAGACCCUGUUACGAGCACGCCGUUAUUUCGUUAGGGCAUAAUAAAGUUUGGUGUUAAGAUCCCUUGAUGUAUGCCACAUAUUUCGGCUCUUCUGCUGCCAAAAAUCUUCUUCAUCCUUAUAUGCAUCAUGUAACUUCCUAUCAGUAUUUAUUCCUAAGUUCUGUUGUCAUUUGUUUGGUUCCUUCUCCGGAGCUUUUUGACGCUCACUGAUUUUCUCCUUUUCAUAGGCUGAGUUAUUCUUACGCCAUCAAGCAAUCUUGUUUUUUCCGAUAAAAAUAGAAAAUCUGGUUUAUGUUUAUGAAAUAUCUCUUGGAGUUAACUUAUUGUCCAUUUGCUUCUCAUACCUCUACAGUUCCAGCUAAGAACUUUCAUAAUAAUAAAAAAGUAGAUUUGCUCCAUUGAGCUGUACAGACGGGUGUGAAGAACUCCUUUAUGUCCGGUUAACCUAUGAUGCAAUAUGAAUGUUGUGAUCAUCAUUGGACCCGAAUGUGCUUGAUUUUGUCCCUCAUGUCAUAAUGUUGCUCUAGUUCCCACAUAAAUAUUGCGAGUAUACAUUUCAUUAUACUGUAUGACAUAAUUACGAAACUGAAACCAGAAAAACCAUGCCGGUCGUAAAACCACCAAAAUAGCAUAUCCUCAACGUUAAGUGUCUCCCUUAUUGUAUGGAACCAUAUCCAAUCAGCAACUAAGGCUUCGAUUGGUACACUUGAUGAUAAAGCACUAUCAGUAUGUUGUAAAAGCUAAAUGUUCUCAUUAAAGUUUAUAAUAAAGUGAUUGGUAGAGAAGUAGCAGUAUACAAUUUUAAAAUUAUCAUAAAAGUUAGUAUAUAAUAUAUUUAUUUUAAAAUAAUACAUAUUAAAUUAUAAUAUAUAUUAAUAAUAUUUUUGUUAUUAAAAAUAAUGAAUCUUAUUGAAUUAUUAUAAUUAAAUUAAAUUUUAAAUGUGACAUAUUAUUAUUUAAAAAAUAAAUAAAUGUAAAAAAAAAUUUGUCAGCAACUUAUACAGACUCGUACAGACUCUGUAAACCAAACCGGGUGAUCUGCAUCCAUGUGGACGACGAAAGACGGUUGCACCCUAGCACUAUGGGCUAGACUAUCUGCCAUUGAAUUUUCCGUCCUUGGAACAUGGAUGAUUUCUGCUCGGAGGAAACUUUCUUUCAGGAACUUGAUGUCUUCCAAAUAAUUUGCAAAAGCUGGUCAUUCUUCUGAUUUCGAAACCAUCUUCACCAAAUGAGAACAAUCCGUUGCACACGUAACCUGAAAUUGACGUAAAUUUAUCAUGCAUUCCAUUGCCCACAGUAGCGCUUCCAUUUCCGCAUGAAGAGGAGAGAGACUAGCCCGAACAUUCCUCGCCCCCAACAGUAUAUCAAAUCCUUCUAGAGUGCUGAGCCAACCUUGUCCAGAAAAGAUAUCACCCUCUUUCCAGGAACCAUCUGUGAAACACCAUCUUCCUGGAAUUGGCGGCAGAGACGUAACCGCAACUUGUGGUACUGUCCUCUGCUCAUUCAACAUAUGUGCUUCAGCCCAUAAUGUUGAUUAUGUUUCUGCCAAUUUAAGCGUAUCCAUGGGACCAAUGUCCAUCUUACUAAAAGUUUUAUUAUUACGACAUUUCCAUAUGUACCAUAGAAUUCAAGCAAACUGAUGAUCCUCCAUCUGUGGUAGAACUCUCCAGAAGAGAUGAUCCAUAUUUUUGAAUAGAGAACUUGUUGGAAAAAUUUCUGGAUUUGAUGGUAUCUUCGAGAGAGCCCAAACCUGAAGUGCCGGAGGACAUUCAAAAAACACAUGGUUUAUCGAUUCCUCAUGGGCUCCACAUCUUGCACAACAAAUAUCCCCUUAAAUCCCUCGCCCUUGCAGAUUCUUCUUAACUGUUAUACACCAUUUCACUAGUUGCUAUAGGAAAUGUUUUAAUUUUGGUGGGCACCGUAUUUUCCAACAAAAGGCCUUCAAGACGUCAACUGUGGGACCUAUCAAGAGUGGUGGUCUUGCCCGAUCUGGGUAAAUCCGUUCCACCUGAUAUCCUGAUUUAACUGUAUAUUUUCCACUUUUUGUAAAGUGUCAUCUAUCCCUGUCUAUCCUCUGAGUCCUACUUAGUGGUAUACUUUCUAUAAGACGGAGGAAGAGACCGAGGAAGAGAUUGAAGUGGUUCUGAAGCUGCAGCCCUUUCAUUUCAAUUACUGGAUGUUGGCUCUUGCAAGGUGGCAACCAAGGAAAUCGCAGCUGUUCCCGGCAGAAAUACCGUUCUGGGUUCGAGUUCUAGGAGUUCCAAUGGAGUUUAGGACACGCCCUAACUUCGAAAGCAUUGGUGAUGCUCUUGGAAGGACGGUCUCAGUGGAUCUUGAUCAUUCAAGAGUUCAAGUGGUGGUGGAUGCUUUUCAACAGCUCUGCUUUGAGACUACUGUGGAAUUCAAAGGGGGAGAGUUUUAUGAUGGUGAGGAAGCUGCGAUUUCAUUAAGAUAUGAGAAGCUCUUUGGAUAUUGUCCAAUCUGCUCUAGCCUGUGCCACAAAGAAGAAAAAUGUCCUCUCGCUAAGCCGGAGGUGAAGAUGAGUCCGGAGAGAAAGAGGGAGACUAGAGAAGGUAAUGGUGGGUGGCAUGAAGGCGGGAAGCAUGACGACAGGGCUCGGAGUUAAAAAGGUGUUGUCAUUAAUGGGAACACGGGUCAUCAGCAGAAGGAGAGAGAUGGUCGGGAUUAUUAUGGGAAGGGAAAAGGAAAGAUGGUUCAGGAGACUGACUCCAAAUGGAUGCGGGUGGCUGAGAAAGGGAAUAAGGGAUCGUUUAACAACUGUGGAAUGUAAAAUUUAUUUAAAAAUAUAAAAUUUACUUUUGGAUAUACAAUAAUAGUUGAUAUUAUUAAAUAAAAUAACUCAAUUAUAUAUAAUUUAUCAUUAUUUAUUUAUUGGUAGAACAGUA